AUGGUUCCGCCUGGACAUCAUCCUCAGACGCGUAACAAAACAUAUCCUCAACCGAACGUCAACCAGAUUGGCAGCGGCAGGAAUACUACGUGGAAUGCAGGGUCCGGUGUCGCAUUCUCUCACCAAGAGCCUGGUGAUGCUGUGGCAUCAGUCUCACGGGGAUUUUCGGACAUGUCUAUCCACGAGAAUCCAUACAAUCAAACAAAUCCCUCUGUGAGCGGGUCAGGACGUUCGAAUCACACCCAACAACACCUUUCUCGGAACAUUAUUCCCAUCUAUGCUCAUCAAGAUUCAAGCCCAACUUUCCAGUCCGUAUCACCUCCGGGGGCGCAACCACCCGUUUACAACUAUUCGAACACCAGUUCAUCAUCUCAGACGAACUCAAUACCCUUCCACAACUAUCCAGAUACUAGCCACCAGUCCAUGAAUGCAUACCAGACGCGACCGUCAUUAUCAGUUGCCAAUAGCUCUCAACAACCUCCUCAGCAUCCUGCUACAUAUUUCUCCGAUAGGCCGAUAGCGACGACGAGCCUCCAUCGUACAUUCAGUCGACAGUCUAUCAAUACCUCCCCUACCCAAUACGAACCAGUACCAUUCGAAGGCGAGUCAAGGCCGCCGCCGAUGCUCCACCGUACUUCAAGUCGACAUUCCCUCGACGGGACUACCGGAAAACCUCUCAAAGGUAUUCUUAAAAACGGCUCGAGCAGGACGCCGUCCGAGGAGUCUCUGAGCCCUCGAAAUUUCGCACCCGUUUCACCAAUUACACCGGACACCGCCAAACACACGUUUCGUCGGUCGUGGUCGACGUCUGCCACAGUCGGUAGUGCUACGCCGGCGGACAGACAACGAGUGCCUAGAGGAGGACCUCCAGUGACUGACCGAUUCAAUCUACCGCGAUUUAUUCCGAAUCCUAUGUCCCCUGGAGCAUCCUCGUCUUCGACAGGUCCGUUUCUUGAUCUGGAACACGAGCCCCGUAGUCGAUACCCCACCAUACCUGCUGCAGGAGGCUACCAAAGUGGAACGCCUAUAUUUCUCAUACAAAUGCCGCCAACUAAGAAGCACCACAGUCACAAGGAGAAGGAUGGUAAACAUCAUAAAAGUAAAGAAGGGCGGAGUGUCCUUACGAAAUCGAAAGACAAGGACAAGGACAAGGAGAAGCAAAAGAAACAUAGCAAGUCCUGA